AUGGACGAUUUCGUCUGCACACCGAGCACGCAGGGCAGCACCGGACCGCCGGACAAAAUGGCGCCCGGAUCCCCGAGCCAGGAAAGCAUGGGGGAUUCCCUCCCGGACGACACACUGGCCCAGAUCAAGCAGGAGUUGGCCAUGAUCUCGUGCCAUAUGCUUACCAAAGCAGACUCGGGCGGCCUUCUGCAGGAACUCCGGACGGCGAUCAUGGAGGAGAUCACGGCCUUGCGGACGGAUUUGUCGGCGGUUGAAGUGAGAGUAGAUGCCCUGGACACCGAGGCGCAAGCCAGCCGCACGCAACACCGGGCCACGGAGCUGGCAACCACACGACAGGGGAACAUGCUGCUCUCCCUGCGACGCCAGGUCGAAGACCUGGAGAACAGGAGUCGGCGGCAGAAUAUUUGCAUCUGGGGACUCCCGGAGCCAGAUGCAACCCCUCUGCCCAACACCCUGCGGGCCCUCUUCCGACAGAUCUUGGGCCAGGAGGGCGUCAGGGAGAUCCAGUUUGACCGGGUACACAGGGCCCUGGGGCCCCAGCAUCCGGACGGAAGGCCCUGUGACGUCCUUUGCUGCCUCCACGCUUAUAGCACCAAAGAGAAACUGAUGGCGGCGGCCAGGGGCAUGGCGGGCAUACAGUUCCGUGGCUCAGAAGUGUCCCUCUAUCAGGACCUCUCCAGCCUCACGUUAGAUGCCAGACGUGCCCUCCGGCCCCUCACGGCCACUCUGCGAGAUAGGGGGGUCCCUUACCGGUGGGGAUUCCUCUUCAGCCUCCAAAUCAAAUACGGCACCACAUGGCUCCAGGUACGCUGGCCCGACGACAUCCCGCGGCCACUGCGGACUCUCAGACUACCGAAUAUCUGGGUCCGUAACUGGCUCCUGGACACCCCACUGGCACCCAGACAGGACCCGGGCACUGAUGACAACCCGCCCGCGACCCGGAGAGAAGACGCCCAGUCACCCAGGAUGUGGGGUGGACCAGGCGGCGCAGAGGAGUGA